AUGCCACGUCCCGCACGGCGCCCCUCGGCGGGGCCGCCCCGUGCCCGCCCCUGCCCGGCCCGCCGUGGUUCCGCCUCCGCCGGGCUCUCUCCGUACUGGCUGUGGCGCCGCUGGAAGAGCCGCUCGCUCUGGUGCUGGCGGAGCAGCACGGUCUUUUGGCUCCGCCUGGCGCGGGCUCUGGCCCAGCCGCGGCCGAGGCCCCGGCCCCGAACGAAGUCCCUGCGGCGGUUCCGCCCGCUGCCGCCCCGCUGCCGCCCGGCUCCCGCCCUAUGUCCGACAGCGUCGCCGGCAGCUUCCCCGCUCCGAGCUCCGCCUCUCGCCAGCUCGGCCGCCCGCCCCGAGCCGCCGCAGCCCGGGGCGGCUGGGCAAGCAGCAGCGCGCCGGGCGGGCGGGGGCCCCGAGCAGAAGAGCGGGAGCGCGGUGCUGCCCGCACGGGCGGAGAAGCCUCCCCUAGAGCAGCUCUACAGGGAGGGCUCGCUGCUGGGCAGCGGCGGCUUCGGCAGCGUUUACUCCGGGACCCGGCUCGCCGACGGCGCCCCGGUGGCCAUCAAGCGAGUGUCCCGGGACCGCAUCUCGGAGUGGGCGCGGCUGCAGAACGGCGCCCCUGUGCCCCUGGAGUUGGCGCUGAUGUGGAUGGUGUCGCGGCCUGGCUUCCGCGGCGUCGUGCGGCUCCUGGACUGGUUCGAGGUGCCCGAGGGCUUCGCGCUGGUCAUGGAGCGUCCGGAGCGCUGUCAGGAUCUCUGGUACUUCCUGCACGAGCGGCGCUUCCUGACGGAGCCCGUGGCGCGGGGGCUGUUCCGCCAGGUGCUGGAGGCCGUGCAGCACUGCAGCAGCCGCGGCGUCCUGCACCGCGACAUCAAGGCCGAGAACGUCCUCGUCGACCUGGCCACGGGCGAGACGAAGCUCAUCGACUUUGGGUGCGGCACGAUCCUCCAGGACACGUUCUACACCCAGAUGUCAGGAACGCCGGAGUACAGCCCACCGGAGUGGAUCCUCUUUGGCUGCUACCAUGGCCAGCCAGCCACCAUCUGGUCCUUGGGCAUCCUGCUCUAUGAGCUGGUCUGUGGGCACCUUCCUUUCCACACCAAGGAGGACAUCGUCCGGGGCCAGCUCUGCUUCCCCGCCCGGGUGUCUCAAGAGUGCCAGCACCUCAUCAGAUGGUGUUUAUGCAUGGACCCCACCGACAGACCAUCACUGGAGGAGCUUUUCGAGCAUUCUUGGCUGCAGGAGCCCUGCCUGGCCCAGGAGACAGCAGAGCUGCAUGCCGUGCACAGUAGGAUACAGGAGCCCAGCAAGUAGCAGCGGCACGUGUCUCAUGGCGCUGGAAGAAAAGCCCAGAGUGUUUCCCUGUGGCGUGGAGGAGAGAGCGCAGCCAAGGAGAUGCUUCCGUUGGUCCCCAGGGAGCUGUGGAGGGAGCGGCUCCAAGCUCCCCGUCCUAUUGGAGAAGUGGUGGCAGUGCAGUGAAGGUGCCACAGACUGGGACAGGGGAAACAUCCCCCUGCAGCUCAGUGGCAUCGUGAUGUCACUGCAAAUUGAGGCACAGUUGGCGUGUUCUUUUGGAGCACAACAUGGAGCUGGGAACACCAUCCUGGAGCUGGCCGCUGGCAGGGCAGAGCCAAUGGGCUUUGGCUGCGGCCCCUGACUGGAGGACACGCUCUGCGCCCCGAUGAAAUCAAGAUGAGUCCCCAGCCGGCGCAGGGGUGGGGGGAUGCUGGUGCUUCCAGGCAGGGCAGGGCUCGGCCUGGCCCUGCGCCAGAGGUUCCCCGCUCGGUGGCACUGGGGAAUAUUAAUUUUUAUGCUGGUCCCCGAGCUGCUUUUUGGCAGGAGAGAGGAUGGAUGUUGUGGAAGGGGAGCCGGCUGCUGGCCUUGCUGACAGCUUCUGCCAGCCAGCCUGGCAGGGGGUGAGGCGGGGGCAGCCAGCCUGACAAAAGCAUCCAUCCAUGUGGAUGGGGGACGGGUU